AUGGAUAAGGAAGGCGUCGAUCAGAAAGAGAAAAGCAACUCAGCUCCGUCAACUCCACGCCGGCUCGAUCCUCCAAAUGGCAGACGAACCAUCGUCGACUCCCCUUACAGGCACAUCCCCAGGCCACCUGAGAAGUCUCUCCCACACUAUCUCAAACCAACGAUAUGCUCCACCCAUUCCUCCAAGAACCAGCACCAGCCUUGUCAUGCUUCCCCGCCAUUCGCCGCCGCCAAUGGUAAACGCCUUCCGCAUAAGCUGAUGAUCCCCAGAGCUUCUCCGACGCCAUGCCCACCUCAAUUAAGCCCCACUUCCUCCAAGCACAGAGCAACUCGGGCCCCUUCACUGUCACCUGUACACAAACUAGCCGUACGCAAUGAAGCGAACUCGGAGAAGGCAUCACCGAGUCCUCCUCUCAGAAAGACGAGAAGUCUCCCGUUGAAGAGGAACGAACAGCCUCAUGCCAAGGUCGCAGAAGCUGAGUCGACUCGGUCGACUUCACCAAAGAGCAGAGACAAAGAAGUUAAACACCCCAAGAGCUCCGAGAAGAGUGCUGUCGUCGCAGCAGGCAAGCAGAGAGCACGAGCGAAGUCGAUGUCCAUGACCUCCAUCGACAUGGCGGAAGGUACAAGAAAGCCAAGCGUCCGACGAUCUGGAAAGUUGGUGGCUGGACACGAACGCAAGGAGCAGGCGGCGGCGGGUGAGAGGCUGAGGUGCAAGGGGAAGGCGGCGGUGAGGGAAGAGGAGGGCAAGGAGGUGAAGGGGAGAAAGGGGUCGCCGCCCGCCUCCAUCGCCGUCACGGACGAGGCUGCUGCGGCGGCGGCGGCGGCGAGGAGGAACAAGGUCAAAGCGCUGGUGGGGGCGUUCGAGACCGUCAUCUCGUUGCACGAGGAUGUGGGGGCGGAUGGUCAAGGAGGUCAACGCGGGGAGGGGGAGGAGUCAAAGAGGUGA